AUGAGUGCUCGAGAUUGGAGCUAUCCGGCGUAUUCUGGCCCAGCUGCUAACGGCCCCGUAUCGCCUCAGGACCUACAGGCUUUGCAGACCUCGAUACCACCAGUAGAUCCAUCAACUGGGGGUCUGCCAUCCCAAAAUCCACCACCCACCUCGACCCUGGCCAGCAAUGCCAAUCCCGGGACGGACACUGUCUUGAACCCCCCAGGGGCCAGCCAGCUCCCUUCGCCGCCCGUCAAGCCGGAAAGCCCUGCCAGGUCGAAUUCGAAUUCUAACCAACCUAGCACCGCUAAAAGCUCCCAACCCGCCAGAGAGAAAAGAAUCCGGAGAGUGCCGCCGUCUGAAGCAUCGGGCGGUAUACCUGACCCGACGCCCGAAUACCUCCUACAGGCAUCACUGCCGCCCGCUAGACUCGCCCUCCCUCGCAAGAUCCUCGUAGUUAUCGAUCUCAACGGCACGCUCCUGUUCCGACCGAACCGCCGAAAACAACCCACUGCCUUCGUGAAGCGCCCAUAUGCGCGCGAGUUCCUGUCGUACUGCAUCGAUACCUUCGCUGUGGCCAUCUGGUCGUCGGCGCGCCCCUCCAACGUCUCCCAGAUGUGCCAGCAGCUGAUGACGCCCGAGUAUCGCGAGCGCGUCGUCGCCGUAUGGGGUCGCGACCGCUUCAACUUGUCGGAGCUCGACUACAACGCUCGCGUCCAGUGCUACAAGCGGCUCAGCAUUUUGUGGGGCGACCCAGCCGUCGCGGAGAGCCACCCGCAAGCCGCGACCGGCGGCCGCUGGAGCCAGCGUGACACCGUGCUCGUGGACGACUCGCUCGAGAAGGGGCGCUCUGAGCCACACAACCUCAUCUGCAUCCCCGAGUUCUCCGGUAACGACGACGACGGUGGCGAUAACAACGCGCCCGACACCAUCCUGCCCCAGGUCCACGACUACAUUAACGAAUGCUCCUUCCAGUCCGACAUCAGCGCCUUCAUGUAUAGCCAGCCCUUCGCGCCCGUCCCCGGUUGGGUGCUCGGCUCUCCAGCCACUUAG